GCUCGUGUGUGUCGCAUGUGAUGUGAGCGCUAUCGAGCAACAAACGCCUCUUUUAAACGUUUUUUUUUAAACUAUUUGUUACAGUUGAAUUUAAAAUUAGUAAAAGUAUUGGAAAAUAAUUAUUGUAAAUUUACAUAAUACUUUUUGUGUUAGAACCGGCUAAUGAAACCGGAUUUGACGUUUGAAAAUACUGUGAGAUACUGAUGCGCCCGAAUUGCAGUAACAUAAAUAACAUUUAGUUUAAUCAGUACAUUUGUUUAUUGUUUUUUUAAGAGUGCCAAUGACGUAAGCCGAAAAUGAAGGAACUAAAGUUACCUACAAGAAACGUCCUAACCGGUGCCAUAGUGAACUGGGAAGACGACGAAAUGGCUGGCAUCAAUGACAACCCGGAGAACCUUACUCUGUCAUGGAAAGAUUUGUCAGUGUACAGAAAGAAGAAAAUACAAACUAGCAUAUGGCGGUCAGCGGUUUACGAAGAGGUCAAGGUCCUACAUGGAGUGAGCGGUGUUGUUUCGUCCGGCAAUCUGGUGGCAUUAAUGGGUUCAAGUGGAGCGGGCAAGACAACGUUACUGGCGGCGAUCAGUCGGAGAGAUAAAAGUGCUAUCACCGGCUAUCUCAUGCUGAACGGCCGUUUAGCUGGCGCUGACCUCAUAUCCCGUAUAUCAGGGUUUGUGCCCCAAGAAGACUUGUCCAUUGGCGACCUCAGUGUCAGCGAACACAUGGAGUUUAUGGCACGCAUGAUGAUGGACAAGCGGUCGACUGCAGCGGUCAGAGCGCGAAGAGUUCAACAGCUGCUGGGCGAGCUCGGCGUCAUGAACUGCACGCGCACAAAACUGAAAGCACUAUCAGGAGGCGAGAGAAAGAGAGUCGCUUUAGCAGUUCAGUUACUAAACGAUCCACCAAUUCUGUUCUGCGACGAACCAACAACAGGCCUAGACAGUUCUGCAGCCAGUGCUGUCGUCAGUAGACUAAGAAGGCUGGCUAUCGGGGGGAAACUUGUUAUAUGCUCCGUACACCAGCCCGCGUCUGGUGUAUUCGAGUUAUUUCAUCAAGUUGUACUUCUGGCUAACGGAAGAGUAGCAUUCCAUGGAAGUAUCGAACAAGCAGAUCAAUUCUUCGCUUCUUUGAACUUCAAAUGCCCGGUUGGGUUCAAUGCUGCGGAGUACUACGUGACUUUACUUGGUGUGGACGUGGAAAAGGAGAUGGAAAGCCGCGAAAGGAUACGUCGCAUUUGCAAUGAGUACCAACGGUCGGACUUCGCAACCGCCAUUGAAAAUAAGAUCGGAGAUGUUAAAGAUGAAAUUGAAUAUUUCAACGGUACUUUAGAUCCGAAGAACGUCUACUUCGAGCGAUAUUUAACACUGGUUAAAGUUAAUUAUUUCGUCCAGUUCUAUUGGCUGUUGUGGAGGAAUUUCCUCGCUUUAAAACACAAUAAUUCCGUGUGGCUAGCUGAAUUCUUUCUUCUAAUGUUCGUAGGUCUUAUAAUAUCGGUGCCUUACGCUGGUCUAUUCCAAGACUUGGACCAGAGGGAUAUACAGAACGCGGAAGGUCUUUUGUACCUCACCAUCACGGAGACCAUCUUUCUCUCAAUCUAUGCUGUCUUCAUCACAUUUCCUAGUGAAGUACCGGUACUACUGAGAGAGACAGCGAGUGGACUCUAUUCCCCGUUACCGUACUAUCUGUCGAAAGCUAUAUUUUGGAUCCCGCGAGCUGUGAUCGCGCCGGUGCUUUUUGCUUCAUUAGUUUUCACCGUGGCUGGUCUCCAAGGCGGCUUUAUGAACUGGCUCGGCUUCUGCUUCGUCUGCGUUUUGUGCGCAAACUACGCAAAUGCUUAUGGUUCAUUCCUCUCCUCCGUGUUCGACAAAAUGGAGACUGCAGCUUUAGUGUCCGUUCCCUUCGAACUGGUAGGGACAAUGUUUUCCGGGAUCUACCUCAACCUGGCCAGCGCGUCUCCCUAUGUUUCCUGGCUGCGUUACAUCUCAGGUUUCUACUACGGAGUUGAAAGCAUUUCUAUUCUUCAAUGGGAUUCUAUUCAAACGAUAGAGUGUAAGUCUCCAGGAUCACCAUGUAUAAAGACUGGAUCCGAAGUUCUGAGGAAAUUUGGCUUCGCUGAAGAGAAUUUCUGGAGGAACUGUGUCUGUUUGGUAAUCAUGUACUGCGUAGCUCAUGUUACGGCUUUUAUUAUGGUAGUGAAGAGAAGCAGAGGAACGCCUGUUUAUUAAACGACCUGUAUUGUUGUAAGGAAUGGAAAUGUAGAUCUGAGAUAUUGUAAAGCGUGACAUUUUUAUUGUGUUCUAAGAGAUGUCGUCCGUUUUACAAACAGGGUAUUUUUUACAUAAUUGCAAAAUGACUUGUUCACUGUAAUUUAAGACCAACGAUAAUGUAAGAGUAAAUUUUGUACAAUGUUUUUACUUGACUUUAAUUU